ACACACAGUUAGAUAUAUACAAACGAGAUGCUGAAAACUGUGACAACAGCAAUGGCCGUCGCCGAUGACGAUGUCCCAGCGAGCAUUUUGGAAAUAGAACUGCCAGCCAUUCUGCUCAACGAGAGCCUCUUCAUCGAGCUAAAUGGCAAUCUCACCCAGCUGGUGGACACGACCACCAAUCUCAGCCAAAUUGUCUGGAAUCGCAGCGAAAACGGUAAUGGCAAUGGCAACGUCGUCAACAACAACAGCAACAACAGCAACAUUUUCGACCUGGAUGACGAGGAGCGAGCCGCGGUCGAAUUCUGGCUGCUGGUCAAAAUGAUCGCCAUGGCCGUCGUCCUGGGACUCAUGAUACUCGUCACCAUCAUAGGCAACGUCUUCGUAAUUGCCGCCAUUAUACUCGAGAGAAACUUGCAGAAUGUGGCCAAUUAUUUGGUUGCAUCUCUGGCAGUUGCUGAUUUAUUUGUUGCCUGUCUUGUCAUGCCGCUCGGCGCCGUCUACGAGAUAAGUAAUGGAUGGAUAUUGGGACCGGAACUGUGCGACAUUUGGACGUCUUGCGAUGUCCUUUGCUGCACAGCAUCCAUUCUGCACCUGGUGGCCAUUGCGGCGGACAGAUAUUGGACCGUGACCAAUAUCGACUACAACAACCUGCGGACGCCGCGUCGCGUUUUCCUCAUGAUUUUCUGCGUCUGGUUUGCGGCUUUGAUUGUCUCCUUGGCUCCGCAAUUUGGUUGGAAGGAUCCGGAUUACAUGAAGCGCAUCGAGGAGCAGCACUGCAUGGUGUCACAGGAUGUGGGCUAUCAGAUUUUCGCCACCUGUUGCACUUUCUAUGUGCCUCUGCUGGUGAUUCUGUUCCUGUACUGGAAAAUCUACAUUAUUGCCAGGAAGCGCAUACAGCGACGCGCCCAGAAGUCCUUCAAUGUCACUCUCACCGAAACCGACUGCGAUUCCACGGUGCGGGAGAUAAAAAAGGAGCGGGGAAAGCGGCGGGCGGAUCGGAAGCGCCAGGAGGCGGGGGAGCGGACCCCAGUGAGCGGGGAGGCAGACACGCAGGUGCAGCGGCGUCCGCUCAAGCGGAUGCGCAUCUAUUUUGGCCGCAACACAAACACGGCCAACAUCACGGCGGGAUCGGAGGGAGCGGUGGCCAGAUCGAUGGCCGCCAUUGCCGUGGACUUUGCCAGUUUGGCCAUUACGCGUGAGGAGACCGAGUUCAGCACCAGCAACUACGACAACAAAAGCCACGCGGGCACCGAGUUGACCACCGUUUCCAGCGAUGCGGAAGAUUACCGCACAAGCAACGCGAAUGAAAUCAUCACGCUGUCGCAGCAGGUGGCCCAUGCCACGCAGCACCAUCUGAUAGCCUCGCAUCUGAACGCCAUAACGCCGCUGGCCCAGUCAAUCGCCAUGGGUGGUGCUGGCUGCUUGACAACGACCUCUCCCCCAGAGCGGGGAGGGGGAGGGGGUGGUGCUGGGAUUGGUGGUCCUGGUGGUGGUGGAGAGACAGCAGCCGCAGGAACGGAAGGCAGCAGUCCGGGGAAGAACGCCGGCGUGGGAUUGGGCGGAGUGCUGGCCAGCAUCGCCAAUCCGCACCAGAAACUAGCCAAGAGGCGGCAGCUGCUGGAGGCGAAGAGGGAGCGGAAGGCCGCCCAGACGCUGGCCAUCAUCACCGGCGCCUUCGUCAUCUGCUGGCUGCCGUUCUUCGUGAUGGCUCUCACAAUGAGCCUGUGCAAGGAGUGCGAGAUCCACGCGGCGGUGGCCUCGCUCUUCCUCUGGCUGGGAUACUUCAACUCGACCCUGAAUCCGGUCAUCUACACCAUCUUCAAUCCCGAAUUUCGACGAGCCUUCAAGAGGAUUCUUUUCGGUCGAAAGGCUGCUGCCCGAGCGCGCAGUGCGAAAAUUUGAUUUCAACUGAAGGAUAACGAGGACCAGUAUUUGUAAUUAAGGUCAGACGAAGACGAAGAGGCCAAGGUCAGUAUUGACUGGAGCGCAAUAUGCUACGGAAUUGGCAUUGUAAAAGGUGUAACUAGCGAGUAGAGACGAUGUUUUAGCAGUGACAAUCCUAACUAGCUGUAACUAACUAAAAAUCCUCAUCACACACACGUGCCCCAAAAAGACGAAGCCCGAAAAAACAAAAACAAAUAACAAAACUGAUAGCGAAACCGAAACCAAUCGAGUAAGGAAACAUGGAAUUAUGCUAGAUGAUACUCACUAGAUAUAAGUAACGCGUGUGUAAUUUAUAAAUAUUUCUAAAGUC